CAAAAAUAUGUUCACGGUCGCGCACGCAAUCACGCUGGCUACAUAAUCAUUUCAAAUUGUAAUGUUUCUAAUAAAUUUAAGUCGAAUUUAAAUGUAAGUUCUACAAUAAAGUGAAAAUAGUCAGCAACAGACAGGGAUAAAGAUGGCAUUCAUUAUACGUUUUGCCAAAGGAGUGCGAAAUCACUGGAAAAAGUCAACCUUCCUGGCAAGCGCCGUAGCGUAUGGAGUAUCGUACUCUAACGAAAAAUAUGAAAUAAAACAACUUAUGCGUCACUACUGUACCGAAGCCUCCAAGUACGGUGAGGUUGUGGUCGGCAGUACUCAACGGCUGCAAAAGGUCUUGGUCCUUCUCAACCCUGCUGCCAACCGAAAAUCUUGCGAAGAAGAUUUCCACGAUUACUGCGAGCCGAUUCUGCAUCUGGCGGGUUUCGAGGUGGAGAUUGUCAAAACCGAUUCCGAGGGUCACGCGCGCCGCUAUCUGGAGGAGUUGGCCAAGCUUCCGGACGCCAUUGUGGUGGCCGGUGGCGAUGGAACCGUAUCGGAGGUGGUUUCCGGAUUGAAACGGCGCGGCGACGGUGCCGAGUGUCCGAUCGGGGUGCUUCCCGUGGGGCGGACGAAUGGGUUGGCCACGGCACUGUUCCGCACCAGCGAUGAGACUACGACGCUGGAGGAUGUGCGGGCAAUGGCGAAUGCGGCCUAUGCUGUCGUUGCCGGGAAGAAGGAGAAGAUAGAUCUGAUGAAGAUCGAAGUGCUGCCCAACGAGAUCGACGAGAAGGUGCCAGAAAAGCCGGUUUAUGCUGUGGGAAGUCUGCAGUGGGGAGCAUUUCGAGACAUUCUGACGCUGAGAGACAAGUACUGGUAUACGGGAUCGCUGCGGGAUUAUACGGCCUUCCUGUUCAAUGCUUUUGAUGGGAAGCAUACGUGGAGUUGCAAGGCGAAACUGACGUACACAGACCCCUGUCAAGGGUGUAGCAAGUGCUAUAAGGAACAUCAGCAUCAGCAACCUAAAAAAGAAGAAACUAAACGAUGGUGGUCGGCAUUUAUUCCAAGGGCCAAUGGUACACAAGGUGUGGACUAUUCAAAAAUCGUCAAUGAACAAUGUUCGAUCCCGCAUGAACUGGAAGUUGAUCCGGCUGAACUAGUUCUAGAGACUACGAAUGCCAAUUUGAUCGGAUCAAAUGCACAAAACUCGAAGCUUUGCGUUAAGAUUGGUACUCAGGUGGAUUCUGGCUUUAGUUUCUUGAACGAAAGCUGGUCCCGAAUAUGGAAUCGAAAGUUCAUUGAUUGUCCCACGGAGAAACUCGUUGAAGCGCGGACCGUUUAUUUAAUACCGGAAAAACUUCAAUCAAACGAAGAGGACAGCGAAGCAUUUUAUUCCAUCGACAGUGAAGCGUAUGAAGUGCGACCGGUUCGAGUGACUGUCGUGCCAAAAUCGGUGGAAGUGUUCACGUUUUGAAAAAAAGAUAAUGAAUAGAUGUGUAUUAAAACUUUAAAAAUCA